CAACUUCCUAUUAUUGAUUUUCUUAGUUCAAUGGCUCAACAAAGUUUUGGGCUUCUCGCCACCGUCCUCCUCCUCCUCCUCCUUGUGGUUUUGGCUGAGGGCGGACCUCCUAAACCUAUGAAAGUGAAAUGCCAAGACAAGAAAUUCCCGAGUUGUUAUCACAAAGAUCUUUUCUGUCCUGUCAGUUGCCCUCACACAUGUAUAGCUGAUUGUGACUCAUGUCAACCUAUUUGUGUUCCUCAACUUCCACCACCAGAACCUCGUUCACCUAAGAAAGUGAAAUGCCAAGAAAAGAACUUCCCAAAAUGUUAUCACAAAGACCUUUUCUGUCCUGUCAAUUGUCCGCGUACAUGUAUAGUUGAUUGUGACUCAUGCCAACCUAUUUGUGUUCCUCCACCACUUCCACCACCAAAACCUCGUUCACCUAUGAAAGUGAAAUGCCAAGACAAAAAAUUCCCAAAAUGUUAUCACAAGACCUUUGCAUGCCCUGCUAAUUGUCUGCGUUCAUGUAUAGCUGACUGUGACUCAUGUCAACCUGUCUGUUUACCAUUAUCGCCUCCUUCUACUCCUAACUCACCACCGCCACCAGAUCAAGCUGCAGGAGGAAAAAGUGUCUCUUGUAAGAAUAAGUUGUACCCUCAAUGCUACCGCCAGGAGUAUAAAUGCCCAAGUGCAUGUCCUGAUACUUGUGAAGUUGAUUGUGUCACUUGCAGCCCUGUUUGUGACUGCAAUAGGCCAGGGGCAGUUUGUCAAGAUCCAAGAUUCGUAGGAGCUGAUGGACUCACAUUCUACUUCCAUGGCAAAAAAGACGAUGAUUUUUGCCUAGUUACCGAUUCAAAUCUCCACAUCAACGGUCAUUUCAUUGGUAGGAGGAACGAAAACAUGAAGAGAGAUUUCACUUGGGUACAAUCUCUUGGAAUUCUCUAUAACAAUCAUAAAUUGUUCAUCAGUGCCAAAAAAACAUCAACAUGGAACGAUGCAUUGGAUCGUCUAGACUUAGCCUUCGAUGGACAAUCAAUCACCCUUCCUAAUCGCGAAGGGGUCAAGUACUUAGAACCAAAUUCAAACACUACAAUCACAAGAAAUCGCGAUACUAACUCUGUUGUGAUUGAAGUUGAAGGUAAUUUUCAGAUAAAAGCUAGAGUGGUACCAAUAACUGAAAAGGAAUCGAGGAUUCAUAACUAUGGUAUUACUGAGGACGAUUGUUUUGCUCAUUUGGAUUUGGGGUUCAAGUUUUACUCAUUGAGUGAGAAGGUAAAUGGAGUAUUGGGACAGACUUAUGGGAGUAAUUAUGUGAGCAGAGUGAAAAUGGGAAUUGAAAUGCCUGUUUUGGGUGGGGAUAAAGAAUUUGCAUCCUCAAGUAUUUUCUCCACUGAUUGUGCUGUUUCAAGAUUUUCCAGUACUAAUAAACAAGAGUUUGAUGACUUCAAGUGUUCAAGUGGUAUGGAUGGAAAAGGAGUUGUGUGCUAAUAACUAGUAGUCAAAUAACUACUCUACAACAUUAUUCAAAUAAGAUUAUGAUAAUUGUAAUGGAAGUUUGCAAUAUUCAUCAUUUGUACUGAAUUAAUAAAAGUGUAAUCGAAUAAAAGUAUCAAGUA